CCGAGAGGCGCCCCGUGUUUUCGUAAGGCUUUAGUUCCGCGCCGGGUGCCACGAUAGUUGCAUCGGGAGCUGCGACGCGUGCGACUUUCAUUCCCAUAGAAACACAGACACGCAUACACAGCUACACAGCAGGCAGGCAGGAGAGAGAACUCGCGCCCACGGACAGAUCACGCUUUCCAGGAGCUUCUCUGCGACCGAACUGUGCGCAGUCAGUUUCGCUGCUGCGAAGUGAUAUCGUGGGACACAGUCAUGAGGAGAAGCGAGACGACGGGAUGAUCAUGCGGAUGAUGAUGACGAUGAUGACGAUGAUAAUGUCGAGGACCUGCGCGUUCGACGAUGUGCCGUGUGUGUGAUGAUUAUUCAGAUUAGUGUAGUGUCGUGGUGAUGCGACUCGCUAGUGAUAAGGAGAGCGACUCCUAAAGUUAUUUAUUAAGUAACUCGUGCUGCCGAACUCGAAGUGUGCACUGCGAGUAAGAUAUCGAGCGUGAGCUACGAGGGACGACGACGCACACUCACAGACGGAGAGAUAAGAGACUCCAGCAGCAGCAGCAGCGGUGGCAGCAGCAGUGAAAUGCGAAGAGCUCGGCAGUAGAGCCAAGCCAUCAGUCGCAGAUUCCGAGAAAGAAGAGAAGAGGCCCUCCCUCUCGAGCCCGAGCACGUCCGCUCGAGCUUCAGCAGCCGGACCGGAGCUGUAAUUCGUUGGGAGAAAUCUCGUCAUCCGUCGCUCGAGCGUGAACUUGCGCCUGUCCGGUGCGGGUCACCCACCCCAGGCCACGAAAAUUCUCGACUACAUAAUGGACAUGAGCAGCGAAUCGAGCGCGGCGCGCUGGUACGAGCCGCCGAGGAGCCUCGGCGAGCCCGGCUCGGCGGGCGGGGCCGGCGGCGGUGGCGCGGGUGGUGGUGGCGCCACCGGCGGUGGCGCGACACCCGCCAGCGCCGCAGCUGGCAACAACUCCGUCGGCAACCCCCAGGACUACCGGGGUUACUACACCCACGCGGCGCCCACCCACCACCCCGCCGCCCACUACGCGCACAGUAGGAUGUCGAGCAGCGGGAUGCCAGGCGGCCCCAUCAGCCAGGUCUGCCGUCCGCACUUCGCUCCGUCGCUGCACCCCUGGGGCUUCCCCACGACGUCCGCCUCGACGAACGGCACGUCCGAGGAGAAGCCCCAGAGCCCGCUGGGCUCGAACAUGGCCCCAGGCAGCACGGCCGCGAGCCUGGCCAGCCACGCGAGCGGGCACCCCUUCCCCUUCCCGCCGACGCCGCCCAAGGAUGCCACCCCGGACAGCAUCACCGCGAGCAACACCUCCAGCGGGCCGAGCAACAACAACAACAACACGAGCAGCAGCAACAACAACGGCCUCGGCCUGGGCACGGGGGGCGCAGGCGGCAGCGAGUACCAGGCGGCGGUGGCGCACGCGGCGGUCAUGGGCGCGUUCAUGCACCACCAGGACGCGCUGGGCUCCUCUGCCGCGGGCUCCUGCGACGUCAAGCCCUCCGUCAUGCUCGGCGGCCACCAGCACGGCGCCCCGUCGCCGCCCCACCAGCACAACGCCGGCGGCCAGCAGUCCCAGGGCGGCCAGGUCAAGCAGCGCGAAGGUAACCAGCAGCAGCAGCAGCAGCAGCAGCAGCAGUCCAGCCAGCAGCAAGACUACAACCAGAGCAAUCAGCAGCAGCAGCAGACGCCGAACUCGCCGUGUCGAGAGAGCUACUCGAACGCGCACCACAGCUCGCAGUACGACCCGGCCGCCUCGGCCUACAACAUGUACCAACACCUCCAGUAUCCCAGCCAUCACUCCCACAACCAUCCCCCCGCGGCAGCCUCCCUCUUCUCCUCGGCGGCGAACCACCACGCGGCCGCCGCUGCAGCCGCGGCGGCCGUCGUGCCCGGUCUCGGCUCCGCCGACUCCUCCAAACUGUUAGGCUCGCACGUCGGCGCGCAGAACACGCCCAACUCGCCGGGCUCCCAGCAGCACCAUCAGCAGCAGCAGCAGCAAAAGCCCAGGAACAAGUCCAGGACGUCCGCCGAAGGCCGCGAGUGCGUCAACUGCGGCGCGACGUCGACACCGCUCUGGCGACGAGACGGCACAGGCCACUACCUCUGCAACGCCUGCGGACUCUACUACAAGAUGAACGGCCAGAACCGGCCGCUGAUCAAACCCAAACGACGCCUGUCGGAGCAGUCACUGCAGAGCGCCGCGAGACGAGCGGGCACGAGCUGCGCGAACUGCAAGACGGCCACGACGACGCUCUGGCGGAGGAACCAGGCCGGAGAGCCCGUCUGUAACGCCUGCGGCCUCUACUACAAACUUCACAACGUCAACCGGCCGCUGACUAUGAAGAAGGAGGGCAUCCAGACGCGAAACAGGAAGCUCUCGUCGAAGAGCAAAAAGAAGAAGGCCGGCGGCUGCCUCGGACUCGGCGGCGUCAUGGGCGACAUGAUCAAGGCCACCGGGCACCUGGACCUCGACAACAAGCCCUUCCACUCCGGAUUCGGAUCGCCCAUGAGCGAGUAUCGUACCUCGCAGCACCACCACACGAUGCACCCAGCGAUGCAGCACUACAUGUACCACACGGGCGUCGGCGUGGGCGUCACCGGCUCGCUGCACCAGGGCUUCGCGCCGCCGGCUCCGCCGCCGAUCCACCCGCACUCCCACUCCCACUCGCACUCGCACCACAUGACGAGUCUGCAGGGGCUCCAGCUGGCCGCAACGACGAACGCAAUGACGGGCUGGCGAUCCGAGUACACAUGAACGGCCAGCGUCGCGCACUAAGCCGAUGAUGCAGAGCAGCGGCGGCCCAGCCAAGACAGGCUCCUGGACACAGCCCACCUCACGUGAAAAAGACACACAGACACAAGAUACUCUUGAUCACCACCACCACCUACUCCUCCUGCUCCCCCUCCUCCUCCUCCUCCUCCUCCUCCUCCUCGUCCUGCUCCUUGUCUUCGCUCCUGACGAUGGACAGAGUGAGCUCGGUGUGUAUACACGUGCGCACACGCGGUGGAAAGGAGAAAGGCUUUCGCUUACUUCCUACGCAACGGUAACCGCGCACGAGAGGCUAUGAGACACAGCUGUCCGUGUACGCAGGAGCGAGUGUGAGUUAUCCGUUUUUUCUUCAUAUGCAUACAUUGUCGUUGGCGUGCUUCGGAGGGCUGAGAGCGGAGGGAAGAAGACGACGACGAGUUCCAUGAUGUGUACAUAUGUAUAGUAUAAAGCAUUGAAGAGGGAAAUAAAGUACCGAGACACAAGAGGACGGCCCUGCGCGAGUACAUACAAGGAUUCGAGAACACAGAACAAAAUAACAUUUAGGGUCCAUCGAGCCCCGGCCCCAAGUACAAACGAAGUCAGCUCUUAAUUAUAUACUUGUAUCGAGUCUUACGAUUCUUGUACAUAGCAGCACAAUUAUAUCGUAUAUUAUGAUGAUAAUUAUAACGAGUAUAAAUAUUAAUUGAGAUAAAGAAAAAGUAUAAGAUGCGCGAGUGAGGAUUAAUUGCCGAGCGUAUACAAGAGAGUGAAAGUGCGAGAGAGAGUUGCAAUGUUUUUCUCGCUUCCGCCUACCCCGGGCGCGCAUGUACGCGGCGAUAGCGGAUUUCUCCCUACAUUUCGUUCCUUUCUUUUCGUAGUUUUUUUGUUCUUUCAUGAUGAUGGGUCGACGACGACAAUGGCGGCGGCGGCGGCAAAGAUGAUGACAAUGAUUAUGAUUGCUUUCGCGACGAGCGGAAGGAAGCGAGUGAGCGCGGGAGAGCAGCGUAGGUGGCUCGUGGUCAGAUUCAUGAGUGCUCCGACUGUCGGCCGAGAUUCCAGAGCUCUCGUGCUCUACUCUCGUGUCUCCGGUCCGCAGCAGCGCAGUCUCUUCGGAUUUUGUCCCGAAAAAUAACGCGAUUUGCCCCCCCCCCCCCAACGACCGCCGAGUUUCUCCCUGGCGAGAAGAGACCGAGGCCCCGCGGUUACUUUAGCCGCUUAGUCAAAUUAUUAUAUAAUUACACAAUUAACCGCGUGUCCCGGUCCUCCCAGCCCUAGAGCGAUCGGCGUUUCGUCUAGACCGAGAAAAAGAAUAGCGAGCAAAACUAACGUGCAAACGAUAUAAACUCAAGUCCAAAGUCUCGACUACUCUGUCCGUCCGUCGGCCGCGAGGAGUCUACUCGGAGAUAUAGAGAGUGGGAGAGGGAGAGCGCGACGACCGACGGCAGCGAGCCGAGGAGAGCUGUGUUGUGCGUAUACAUAAAUAAAAGCGUUCGAGAUUUUAGCCUGUCCCCCUUUGAUCAAAGGUGUAUCGUGCAAUUUUAAGAGUAAUGAACAAAAGUGUAUGAUGAUAAUGAUGAUGAUGUUUCCCCGGGGCGCUUCCACAGCCGGACAGCCGACGCUCUGCGUCGCCGCUUCUCGAGAUGGGUUUGUUCUCCUCUCUUUCUCUUCUCUCGGGAGAAAGUCCCUUCGAGCCACGAAGGGAAUUCCUACCGACGACGCCGCUCGAUCGGGAGAACAAAUCCAUUUUCCAAGAGAGAAAGAGAGCCCUGCAGAGCCGGCCGUCCGACGGCGUUCCGAACCAAUACAGUCGUUUCGUGUGUUGUAAAUGGUUAGUUAUAUAGAGAAAAAAAAUAUACGUUUAUAAAUUAUAUAUCGAUCUCUCCUCUUCAGCGAUCGCGCCAUUGUAUGCACGUAUAUAUGUGUGAGAUUCUUCUAUAUUGAUGUAUAUUCAGUCCGUGAUUUUUCGAUGACCGGAGAGAGAGAGAGAGAGAGAGAGAGAGAGAGAGAGAGAGAGAGAGAGAGAGAGAGAGAGAAAGAGGGAAGGCUCGCGCGUCGUCCCAACGAUCAUUUAUAGCUAUUCAAAACUAUGCAUAUAAUUAACGUUUGUAGUCGCGCGAGGCUGUGCGAGAAUGAGAGAGAGAGAGAGAGAGAGAGAGACCGACAGAGAGCAAAAAGUUAAAAAUAUUCGAGCGUACAUAUGUUUAAGGAUGAGUGCGUGUGAGAGCUAGAGAGAGAGCUAAAGUGUAAAUUUUGUAUCUUCGAGAUUGUGUAUCGUGUUAUACAUUAUUGUAAUAAUAUUAGUGUGGUAUAUCCGCAUUUUGUGCAUACAAACAAGAAAUCAACUAUAGCAAUUGAAUAUCGAGUAACGUUUUAACGAUAGAUAGUCAAAAGUAUUAAGAGAAGUUAUUAUAUAAAGAUACAAAAUAGGUAAAAGAGCAAAACAGAAAAAAGGAAAAAAGAAGUCAAAAAAAAAAAAUAUUCCCAUUGCGAGUGAACGCGAUGUGGAGCGACGACGAAGAGGAGACUCGUCCCAUACACAUACACGCAUUCGCGUCGUCGAAACCACCCACACACUCUCACACAUAAACACAUUGUGAUUUUUCAAUUUCUUCAUUCGUAUAAAGAAGCGAGAAACGAGGUGUCGUCGUCCGGCGAGUCUCGCCGCGUCGAGAGGAGCAACAAAGCAAUCGCAGCGAUUUUUCCAAAAAACAAGCAAGACUGAGAGAAAGAAGCCGCGCGAGAACUUUGGAAUUUUUCAAAAAUAUCGCACUUGUGGCAAAAGAACAAUUCAAGACACAUUAACACAACACACAUACCCACGACGUGCGCGAGACACAAACGAGAGAGAUAUAUUGUGGAUAUAAGAGCGUUCAUACCUUCCGACAUGUGGAAAGGUAUCUAUCGUAGUAUUAUUAGGGAGUAGCGUGUAGCCCGUAUAAUAUUGAUUUUUUUUCAUCGAAAAAGAAACAAAGCAGAGGGCGACAAGGUGAGACCCUUUUUCGAGCGCUCUCGAAAAGUAAGCUCUCGAGUAAACACUAUGUAUAAGAGCUACACACGGAGACACCCACACGUGACGUACGCGCGCGCAAUGUAGAGAAGAUUCAGCAGCACCACAUACGAGAGAGAGAGAGAGAGAGAGAGAGAGAGAGAGAGAGAGAGAGAGAGAGAGAGAGAGAGAGAGGGAGAAUGAGGAAGAGAUGUGCGUUUGAUGCGGAAUACGAGCAGCAAGGAAAACAAAAAGGGAGACAGAGAGAAAAAUAUAAUCGAGCCGCGCGAGAGCGACGAAGAAAUAUAGCCGCCUCGUGCCGAACGACACAAACGGUGUAAAAAUGUAUGUAAGAUAUGAUUGUAAAAAAGUUUUAACUUAAAAUAAAUUAAACGAUAAAUCGUACACCAUA